GAACCCCCGCGACGCUGGCAUGGCGCGCGCCGUCUGUCUAAGGUGGGGAAGGACGGUCGCGCCGGGGUUGAUCCGGGCGGCGCGACCCGCUUCCACCCUUCGGCGUAAAAGGGUGGUCGUCAUCGUGACCUCCGGAGGCGCAUCGAAGGGCGCGCGUGACUCGAAGGAAAUCAUUGCGCUCGGCACCAGCUUCCACGGACGCUCACUCACUCCACGUGAGUGAGCCGCGACGAAGGACUUUGCUUACGGUCGAGGGACGACUUUUCAGCUUUUAACUGAAGCCUCUGCUUUCCGAUAGCGAGCGGCUCACCGGUGGUGCCCUGCUGCAGAUCUGGGUUUCGGGUCGACGGUCCCGGUCGUCGAGGCCGGUCUCUGCGACGACCGACGGAUCUGCUGUGCCGUCGCGACAUAUUCGCGUCAACUACUGGUGCCUGAUCUUCGCCGACUUAGAGACCCAGUUCGCAUGGUAGACGGGGGCAACCUUCGGGAAAUCAGACUCUGAAGUGUUUAAUUUGCACAUCAAAGAGAUAUUUUAAUCGUUUCCAUGACUAGAAGUGAUCGAACAGAGAAAGGAAUUCAGGUUCCGGAGAUCUGAAUGAACAAUAGAACAUGGUGGCCGAAGUCCAUUUCUGAUGCUUCACUUGUGAACAGAAAGGCGUGUAAUAAAGUGGCACCCCACCGCAUCCGAAUCGGCUGAAAAUAG